CGCCGCGUUUGGUUGCUUUUUUUUUUUUUGCCCGGUCGGAAUUCACCUUCCACCCGUGCUCCACGGCCCGCGCCGCUGGUGUUACCGCCCGCGCGCAGGCGGUGGCUGUGGCUCGCUCCGCCAAAUCUACCCCUCCCCCACUCCACUCCCACUCCUCUCCUCUCCCCUCCUCUUCCCCACCACCACCACCUCCUCCUCCUCCUCUUGCUGCUGCUGCUGCUGCCGCCGUAGUUGUUCCCCGGCCUCGCGCUCACGAGAUCCCCGAACCCCACCACCGCGGGCGCAGCGUUCCAUGCGGUAGCGGGGGGCGAGAUCCAGUAGCAGCAGCAGCAGCCAGCCACCCACGCGAGGUGCUCGGCGGAAUGUCGCACCGCCCGCCGCCGCCAAUGCCGGACACGCUGUCCGACGCCUUCGCGGCCGCGGUGCUGCUGUCGUCCACGGACAAGCCGGACACGCUGCCGCCGGGGAGGCUGUCGCCGGUGUCCCCGCUCACGCACUCGUCGAAGCUGCCCACCCCGAGCUCGUCCUCGGGCUCCUCGGGCUCGGUGUCGAGGGCCCCGGCCUCCGCCCUCGCCUCGCGGAGGAGCCACUCCGGCGAGAUCCCGCUGCCCUCCGAGGGGCCUCCCCGCGGGUCGCGCCCGGGACACCGACGGACCGGCUCGGGUCCCCUCAUCUUUACCUCUGGCUCCAGCUCCUGCUCCAGCUCCGCCACCUCGCCGCUCACCAACGCGCUCCCCGCGGGGAAUAUCUGCCCCUCCGGCCGCCUCGCCAAGCCGCUCUCCUCCUGCUCCGCGGCGACCCCCCCGCCGCCUCCCCCGCCCCGCGCCACCCGACACGACGUGCUCGGCUCCGGCACCGCCAACUACGGCCACGGAAGCAUAGUGCGGUCGCGCAGCGGCGGCGUCGUGGUCGCCGAGGAGGAUGCGGUGGUCAGGCGGGCCAUGUCCAGUGCCGACCCAGAGGAGCUCAAGAAGGCCGGGAACGAGCAGUACAAGAAGGGGUACUUCGAGGAGGCGCUCAGGCUCUACGACCGCGCGCUCGCCCUGUGCCCUGACAAUGCCGCGUGCCGCGGCAACCGCGCCGCCGCACUCAUUGGGCUCCGCCGCAUCGGGGAGGCCGUCAAGGAGUGCGAGGAGGCGGUUCGGAUCGAUCCCUCUUACGGGCGCGCACACCACCGCCUCGCCUCCCUGCAUAUAAGGCUAGGACACAUAGAGGAUGCUCAGAGGCACCUCUCACUGGCGACCCCUCAGCCUGACCUCCUAGAGCUGCAUAAAUUACAAACAGUGGAGAAACACCUUGGGAGAUGUAUGGAUGCGCGGAAAGCUGGGGACUGGAAGAAUGUGCUAAGGGAAAGUGAUGCUUCUAUUGCGGCAGGAGCUGACUGCUCUGCUAUGCUCUUCGCCUCUAGAGCAGAAGCUCUUCUCCGGCUCAAUCAGCUUGACGAGGCUGAUCUAUCUAUCUCGAGUGCUUCCAAGUUGGACUAUUCAUCUUCAUGUGCCUCAGACAACAAAUUCUGUGGGUUUCUCGCCAAUGCGUACCUCUUUUAUGUGCAUGCCCAAGUUGACGUGGCAUUGGGAAGGUUUGACCAUGCUGUUUCUUCCAUGGACAACGCGAGGAUAAUAGAUCCAGGAAAUUCUGAAAUUAUCACAAUGCAUAACAAUGUGAAAGCUGUGGCUAGAGCACGAUCUUUAGGGAAUGAGCUCUUCAAUUCUGGAAAAGUUUCAGAAGCUUGCCUAGCUUAUGGUGAAGGGCUCAAGCAUCAUCCUGUCAAUCCAGUCCUUUAUUGCAAUAGGGCAGCUUGCAGGUUCAAACUAGGCCAGUGGGACAAAUCCAUUGAGGACUGCAAUGAAGCACUCAAGAUUCAACCCAACUAUCCGAAGGCUUUGCUCAGACGUGCAGCUUCCUAUGGAAAGAUGGAGCGAUGGGCAGAAUCUGUGAAAGAUUAUGAGAUUCUUAGAAAGGAACUUCCAGGUGACACUGAAGUGGCGGAAGCCUAUUUCCAUGCCCAGGUUGCUCUGAAGUCCUCUCGGGGCGAGGAGAUAUCUAACAUGAAGUUUGGAGGAGAAGUUGAGGCGAUUACAGGAAUGGAACAAUUCCAGAUGGCUACAUCCUUGCCAGGUGUUUCGGUCGUCCAUUUCAUGACACCUUUAAGUCAGCAAUGCUGCAAAAUUUCCCUAUUUGUGAAUGCUCUGUGUACUAGAUACCCAUCCAUCAAUUUCCUCAAGGUUGAUAUAAAUGAGUGUCCUGUUGUUGCACGAGCUGAAAAUGUGAGGACUGUUCCAACAUUUAAAAUAUACAAAAAUGGUAUAAGAGUGAAGGAAAUGAUCUGCCCUAGCCAACAGCUCCUGGAGUAUUCAGUGAGGCAUUAUGGGAUUUAGUCCAUGAAGCGAUGAUUUGAUGUUUCCUCAGGCCUCCAGUUCCAGGCAAGCGACCACGGGCUAAGCCAGGACAAAUCCACUGAAGCUUAUCCUGAUGAGGACGAGCAUGAAAGAAGACCAAGAGCGAAGAGAAAUUUUCCUGAUCUUAUUCAUCCGAUGACCUUUCUGUUCUCCCCCGUUCACCAUUUGUUGAUUGCCUGCUUAAUUUAUUCUUUUCAUUUAUCUCUUGCGUACAUCAUUGUUGCAAAAUUCCUUUAGAACAAAAACACCAUCUUCCUAUUCUUGUGAAGAACGACUGUAAAUUUUUUUUUUCACUUCCAUGUUUACCAGACCUCCCAAUGAAAGAAAGGUAUAGAUGGCAUUUGCACUCUUUACAUUCAACUUAUGUAAUAUGGAAGUUUUGCCAACCCAUUUGGUUAAUCCAACCA